CGGCUCCACAGGAAGUUGCUGAGUGUCGCCUGCGCAUGUGUACAGCGCUACCGGGACAGGGUUGUAUAGCAGGAAAGGAAGUGCUUUUAACACCAAGUGUCUAAUAAGGUGCUGUGAAAAUGACAACAUGAAAUAGCACAGCGUUACUGUAGAAUAAUUGGGAGAAUUCGCGUUGGCGUAUAAACUGCUCUGUCUUAAUCUUAAAAAACAAACAAACAAACAAACAAAAAAAAAACUAGCAAUAAAAACUAGCUAACCUGCUGAUUAUUUAACCCCGGAAGUUUUGCGUAGCCUUGUAGCCACUUAGCUUUAAGCUUGCUUUACUGGUUCUGGUAAAUGUUUGUCUUUUCCUAUGAUGAGGUGGCACGCGUUUCAGUUUUGCGUGCCGCCUUUCAGCCAGCUCUCUUUUCCGUAUUUUGGUAAAUGAAUAACAUUGUGGCUAGUCGCCAUGGCUGGCUUUCCAGUUACUUUCCAAGCCACUUGAUAGUCUGAAAGCAGAGGCGAUUUUCAGUCCUCUGAUGUUUUCCACGUAUCGACGAUUUUGCCUACUGUCAUAAGUUCAGGAGGGUACAGACACAAUGAGUUCCAAAUACAGCUUAAUCAACUAUAACUCCCGAAAGCACAUCUCCAUCUCGAUACCCUCCUCCGCAGAGUCGAUGUCCCCGCACAUCAAAUCCAUAGAGGAGCUCCGAGUGCUAGGGGUGAACCUGAGCAGUUUCAGCACUCCCACACAGUUCUUCAUCUGUGUGACUGGAGUGUUUGUUUUUUACCUCAUCUAUGGCUACCUUCAGGAGCUUAUAUUUUCUGUAGAAGGUUUUAAACCUUUUGGCUGGUAUCUUACCCUGGUCCAGUUUGGGUUCUAUUCCAUGUUUGGACUGGUAGAGCUGCAGCUUACUCAGGACAAGAGGAGGAGAAUUCCUGGAAAGACAUAUAUGAUCAUAGCAUUUCUAACAGUUGGGACCAUGGGUCUCUCCAAUACAUCACUAGGAUACUUGAACUACCCAACACAAGUCAUCUUCAAAUGCUGCAAACUCAUUCCUGUUAUGAUUGGAGGAAUUUUCAUUCAAGGGAAACGGUACAAUUUUGCAGACGUUAUUGCUGCUCUGUGCAUGAGUCUCGGCCUUGUCUGGUUUACGCUGGCUGACAGCAAGAUUGCCCCAAACUUCAAUGUGACAGGUGUUAUCCUUAUUUCCCUGGCGCUUUGUGCUGAUGCUGCUAUUGGAAAUGUGCAGGAGAAAGCAAUGAAGCUACACAAUGGAUCAAACUCAGAAAUGGUGUUGUAUUCCUAUUCCAUUGGGUUUGUGUAUAUUCUGCUUGGACUUUUGUGUAUGGGAGGUCUGGGACCUGCAGUGGCCUUCUGUGCUCAGCAUCCAGUGACCACAUAUGGUUAUGCAUUCUUCUUUUCUUUGACUGGUUACUUUGGCAUCUCCUUUGUUCUGGCUUUGAUAAAACUUUUUGGAGCUCUGGUUGCAGUAACAGUGACCACAGGAAGAAAGGCCAUGACGAUUGUCUUGUCUUUUUUGUUCUUCUCAAAACCUUUCAGUUUUCAGUAUGUGUGGGGAGGCCUACUGGUGAUCUUUGGGAUCUUUCUAAAUGUCUACAGCAAAAACAAAGACAAAAUGAAGCUUCCUCCUCUGGCAGAGUUAUGGAAAAGAAUGCUGAGCAGCAGGAAAGGCCGACUCUCUCAGACUGUGUAAAUUACUGACCUCUGAGCAAAUUGUAUGGGGUUCUCCAUCCAGUCACCCCAAUCUUCUGAGAAAAGUCAGACUCUCACAUUUUAAAAGGAUGCAUUAACAUGAAGGAUGGCCAGUUUAAACUGAUCAGAGAGGAUGCAAACUGUGCAGCAGCAGACUUGUUACUUAUCAUGUGCAAACUGGAUUAUGAUGGAACGGACAGAUAUCAUCUGUUUUUCACUUGCAUGUGCCACUAAGUAAUGGCAUCUUUUCACACAAAAGUUUGUCAUUUCUAUGCGUGUUCUUUUUUUUUUACUUUGACUGGACAAGGUAAAUGCAAGUGACACGUCUUUCUUUAAAAGUUUUGGAACUGUAUGAAUGUCAACUGCCAUAUUUGCUAUCCAUUUGUUUGGUAAAAAGGUAGUUCUUUUUACAUUAAAAACAGAGACGUUUGUUCAAGCA